AUGAUACGGCUGCAAGGGCUGCUGGGCAAGACCCAACCGGAAGAUAAGUUGAAAUACCACGAGAUAUUUCAGCAAUAUAUCAGAGACGGAUUCAUCGAAGAAGCCGACCGAGGAUUCAACGGUGACUGCACAUACUUACCUCACCGACCGGUGAUUAAAGUUAGCGCGGAAACCACGAAAAUUCGGCCGGUGUUCGAUGGAUCAGCACAUAUGAAGGAAAGACCUAGCAUCAACGAUGCUUUAGAGAUUGGGCCGAAUCUAAACCCGGAAGUGUUGGCGGUCUUGUUGCGUUUCCGACAGAAUCGGAUAGCCUGGACCGCUGAUAUAACUCAGGCAUUUCUCCAAGUCGAGAUCCGCCCGGAGCACGGGCAACUGAUAAGGUUCAUCUGGGUCAAUGAUCCUAACAAACCCCAGCCUAAAUUCAUCGAGUAUCGAUGGAGAAGAGUACCGUUCGGGCUGUCAUGCAGCCCGUUCAUUCUCAAGGCUGUUAUCCUCAAACACCUGAAAGGGUUUGAAGGAAUAUACCCGGAGACAGUGCGACAGCUACAACAGCAGUUGUACGUUGACGACUGGCUAGGGGGAGAGACAAAUGUGGAUGAGGCGGAGAAGCGUAUUCGCGAAGCGAUUACGAUCUUCAAAGCCGCAAAGAUGGAGUUGUGCAAAUGGACCUCCAAUAGCGCAGAGUUGAUUAAAAAACUGCCGGAGGUCCAGUUUAAAGAGACAGUCACAAACGUGACAGCAGAGGGCAAGUCAGCCACGAAAGCCUUAGGGGUGAUCUGGGAUCCCGCGUCGGACAAAUUCAGGUUUGAUCCGGCGCAGGUACUCAGAGAAGCCCGCGAAAUUGGUGACAGACCCACCAAACGGAAGCUUUUCAGCCUGGCACUGAAGAUCUUUGACCCCUUGGGUCUCAUCGCUCCGGUGACGUUGGUGGGGAAACUCAUCAUGCAAAAGGUGUGGUUGGCGGGCUCAGGAUGGGAUGAGCCCAUUCCAAUCGAGGUGAUACCUCAUUGGAAAACAUUCAUUGAUGGAAUAACAGAGCUGAGGAAUACCUGUCAGCCCCGAUGGUCGGGAGAUCAUGAAGGGAGACUCCAUCUUUUCUGCGACGCAAGUAACGACGCCUACAGUGUGGUGGCGUACUUGCAGAGAAUCGAUGGGGAAGACCCAGUGAUGCUGUGCAGCAAAACGAGAGUAGCGCCGGACCCUAAGAAAUCAGUCUCGAUCCCGAGGCUGGAGCUUCUAAGUGGGUUACUGGCUGCGAGGCUCGGGAGCUACGUCGAGAAAGCGACGGAAACAGUCAUCAAGAGAAAACUUCUGUGGACCGACUCGGCGAUAGCCUUCUGGUGGAUGAAGGGCGAGGCUGGUCGGUGGAAGCAGUUUGUUUACAAUAGGGUGACAGAGAUAAGACAGACAGUGGAAACUGAAGAAAUCAGGCACUGCCCAGGGUUACAAAACCCGGCGGACGUAGCAUCCAGAGGAGCUACGGCCGCACAGCUAAACGCACAAAAGAGUUGGUGGACUGGCCCAUCUUGGAUGGGAAAAGAGAAGGAGUGGCCCCAGUCACCAAGCUCAGCGACCGAGCUCCAAUUACAAGAGGUCUCAGUCGAAGAAAAGACAGUCGAAGUAACGCAAUGCGCGAUAUCAACCGAAGCAAAGUGGUACGAAAGAUUCAGCUCCAUGCGAGUCAUGGUCAGAGUCUUGGCCACGAUGCUAAGGGCGAUUAAAAAAUUCAAAGGCCAAGAUAAUCCGGAAAGCCCGGUGGCAACGGUCAGACAUCGGGGAAGAAGGUUGAAAUUCCCCGUGUUGACAACAGAAGAGACUCGAGAGGCAACGAUCGAGCUCUACAAAGAAGCCCAGGCGACUCACUACGGAGCAGUGGUGAAGAGCUUUAAAGCUGGGAAAACAGAAGUCCCACAUGAGUUGAGGAAACUCGGCCUCGUGUGGGACAGCAAAGACGAGUUAAUCAGGUGUCGAGGCCGGCAUCUAAAUUGGAUGGAAUAUAAUAAAAAAGCAGCGCUCAUUCUGCUACCGGCCGAACACAUCAUUACAAAGAGACUGAUUGAACAAACGCAUCUUCGGUUGAAACAUACCGGAGUGAAAACCAUGAUGGGAGCACUCAGAACGGAUUUCUGGAUUCCGAAGAUGCGGCAGACCAUCAAAAAAGAGACAAGCAAGUGCACGAGAUGCCAGAGAAUGGACUCGAGACACUUCGAUGAAAUACCGGCGCCCCUACCGUUGGACCGCCUGCAAAUGUCGAACCCGUUCACGAUAACGGGGGUAGAUUUCGCAGGCCCGUUCCCAGUAGAGUCGCCGAGCUGUUCAUCUCGAAGUUACGACCGACCAGGAGAGAUCUCCACGUUUAUCUUCGCGCUAAGACGAUUCUUUGCUCGGAGAGAGUACCCAAGGGCGCUCUACUCUGAUAACGCAGGAACGUUUACGCUGGCCGCUAAGUACCUCAGAGCAGCGUACAGAGACAGCAGAGUGUUUAACACCCUGGUUGAUCUCAACAUAAAGUGGAGGUUCUCGCCGAGUUUGGCCCCUUGGUGGGGCGGAUUCUGGGAGAGGAUGGUGCAGACCGUUAAACGGCUGCUAUAUAAAACAUACGGAAGUGAUUGUAUGGAAUACGAUCUAUUCCAAACGGUGUUGACGGAGAUCGAAGAUACCAUCAACACCAGACCGUUGACAUACGUGGCAGAAGACGAUACGGAGCCGCUAACACCCAAGCAAUUGGUCACAGGCUACCGACAACAGCAGCAUCACCCGGUCGAUGACGAGGAGAGAGAAUACUCGGACCGGGUGACACUGACAAAGAGAGAGAGGCUCAGGAGAAACCUAGUCGCUCAAUGGUGGAAAGAUUUCUACACGGAAUAUGUGAUGGAUCUGGAGCAGUUUCACUGUCCAACUCCAGGUCAUACGAAAGAAAUCGAGCUGGGACAAGUCGUGUUAAUUCACGACGAGUCAGCCAAAAGAACGAGAUGGAAGUCCGGGAGAGUAGUUAAACUAAUCUCCGGCAAUGAUGGGAAGACCAGGCGUGUGAACGUCUUGAUCGCAGACAAAUUCAGAGGAAAAGGGUCGACCAUGAUAACGAGAGACCCAAAGAGUUUAUAUCCGUUGGAGCUCCAUGCGGGCCAGAUAGACGAUGACCAUCGGAACACAGGACCCUACGAAGACAGUGAGCUUUCGUCAACUCAGUUAGACCAAGGUCUUUUUCAGAUCCCUCGCCGCCGCCUUCCUCCAGCUUGCCAGCCGCCGCCUAAGACGUGCCAGCCCGCGAACGAAGCAGCUCUCGAGAUUCUCCUCCAACCGCAAAAGAGUAAUACUCAGCGGCAGUGA